AUGUCAAAUUGUCAAGAAAAGAACAAAUCAGUUCUUUCUAAUCAAAUUUCUGAAGGACAAAGAGUUGUGGAGUUGUCAGAAAAAACAAAAUUAAUGAAAAUUGUUGAUAUGAAUCAGGUUCAUUUUCAAGAAGAAACACUAAUGGACAUUCUCAGCAGGUUACCAGUGCGAUCUCUUCUUCGAUUCAAGUGUGUAUCAAAAUAUUUGAAAACGUUGAUCGAUGACCCGAUAUUUAGGAAGCAACAUCUUAAUCGUGCAAAGAAUGACCAAAAUUCCCAAAAGUUUCUCUUUUACACAUGUCUCCUUUUGGAAGAUAGAUGUACCAUAUCUUGUUAUCCUCUAUCGUCGGAUCAACAAGUUGGGGUACGGGAACUGGAUUUCCCUUCAAAUCUUAAACCACAAUAUUGUGAUGUCUAUUGUUGUUGCGAUGGUUUGGUAAUUAUCAAGGUUUAUGAAAAUAGUCCAGGACGUUACUCAUUUUUGCUAUGGAACCCCUCCACUGGAGAAUCAAUUGAACUUCCCACUUCAAAAUUUUCAUCAGUGGAGGAAUAUUCUACUUGUUAUGGAAUAAGUUUUGACUCGACUAAUGAUGAUUAUAAGAUCCUUAGGAUUCCCAAAGGCUGGAACGAAUAUUGCAGAGAUGUACCUGGUGAAAUUCUCUCGCUAAAAAGUGGUUAUUGGAGAAAAAUAGAUGCAUAUCCUAGUAAAAUUCUCAGUAGGUUGUAUGGUAUCCAUUCUUUGACAAUUAUACACGGGGCAUUUCAUUGGGUUGCUAUGUCACGUGAUACUUGUUUUGUGGUUUCAUUUAAUAUUUCCCAUGAAGUGUUUGGAGAGAUCAUACCAUUGCCAGAGAAAAUGUGGUUGGCCAACGGUCAUAUUGGCGUUUCGGAAUUGGGAGGCAUGCUUUGUGCUUAUACUAACGGGUAUUAUCAAAGGAAGCGUACUUUUAAGUUAUGGGUGUUGAAAGAUUAUGGUCUCAAGGACUCUUGGAAUGAAGUAAUAUCUAUAGUAGAUCCUGAUAUUAUUAUAGCCUCCCCGAAAUAUAAAUUUCCAGAUGGUGAAGUGUUAAUCUGGUGCGAACAUUUUGAAGGUGAGGAAGGCGAGGGAAAUUCAUUUAGGACACAAAGAGGACCUUUUACAUUAUUGCCUCGAGGUAACUUUCAGAACGGAUUCGCUUUCACAGAGAGCUUGAUCUCUCCAAGGUUACUUAUAACUUAG